GGCUUGCAGCCUCCUGCUGCUGACGAUGGCCGCAGUGUCCAGCGGCCGCAACGCUGGAGAUUACUUCGAGGAGGAGCAGUUCCAGUAUUCUCCUUCUAGGGCCGAAGAUGCCCUCGUGUUUUUCGUGGCCAAUGUCCCGCCCUUCAUUUGCGAGCCAGACAAGGAUCACGAGUGCGCCUUGGAAGGCCUCUUAGAGGCCGGGUUUUGUCUCAGUCUGCCACGAGGGUACUCUCCCUACAAAUGCUCGUUCGAAGGAAACGCAACGAUAGACAGUAAUUUUAACCUAAUUCGAAAGAGUGCACCGCGUCUUUUCGAUUUCAGCGAGGGACGUCGCGUAAAUUUUAUGGGAUAUAGCAUGUACUGCACUAGUCAUUCACCGUUACCAGACGAAUAUUUCCCUCUGAGAGUAAAGCGCCCUCAUGAGGAUCAUCCAGUGAAAUGUCUUCAGCAUUACGACAGAGGAAUACUGUACCUCAGUUUCCAGGAUACCCGACCAUCUUUUGCCAAAUUUUUGCUGAAGGAGAGAGUUACCAAUCUGACGGGCGUUAUCAUUUUAACCUGCCGGGUAUCGCCGAUAACCCACUCAAAUGCGCGUUCCGUGUGUAUUCAGAAUUGCCUCUACCGGGCACGCACACAGGGGAACAGCUGUACCGCUGUCUGAUUAGCGGACUCCCCACUCGGGAGGAUGGCACGAGCCCGCAUGUCGUAUGCUCCCGCCAAGCUACGUCUAAUGGAACGGCGCACUUUGAGCUGCUGUUGCUGAAUGACGUCACUUACUACUGCAGUUACCCCGACGAUGCUUCUCGCUAUCCGCCCCAGCCAGAAAAUACGCCACAAGACUGAAAGACAGGUCACUCAUGAAGGCAGAAGACGACAAAGCAGGAACACU